CCGAGUGCUCCCAUAUAAAUACAGGGCAGACUGCGGCGAGUAGUCAGUGAAAGUAUUGAAGUGCAUGCAAGCUGCAAACAAAUAUGGGGACUUCUUGGACGAAGCACCUUAAACAGGAGUUUACUCGGGAAAAGCGUUCUCUACAGGCUAAACAUCCACAAUUAAUCCUUCUGUCACAGUGGAAGUUCCACCCAUAUGUCUGGUUGAUUUACCGAAUAUUCACCGCAGUCUACACCCUGGUUUGGUGCAUUUGCAGUGGAGUCCAAACCAAUCACGCCAAAUGGUUCAUCUUCCUGACGCACCUAACUUAUGUCAUCUUGACACUUUACUUCAACUUGGCAUUGGUAAAUUUGGUUUGCCACAUGGUGCAUGGACAGAAGAGACGCACACAGAACAUCAGAGCAGCGUCUUUGGAGGAGGUCUCAAGUUGUAAUGCAGUUCCAGAAAUUGAAGUUGAGACUCCUGCUCUGAAGUUGCAUACACAAUUCGACCCACCGUCUUCGGUACUGUAUCCCACCAUCUGCGUUCAAUGGUGUCUAUACAACCUCAGCUGUGUGACCAGCCUAUUUGUCACUAUUGCUUUCUGGAGCUUUGACUACAUUCCAGGGCGACCCCCCGACUCCAUCAACAUCAACAUGCACGUGAUUAACUCGGUCCUUGUAUUGCUGGAGCUGAGUGUGACUGCAUCUCCCAUUCACCUCGCCCAUUUUGUUUACACCUUGAUGUAUUGCCUUUCUUUCAUCAUCUUCACCAUCAUCUACUGGGCCGCUGGAGGCACCAACCUCAAGGGAAAGCCAUAUAUCUACAGGUCGCUGAACUACAGCGAGACUCCAGGCGCUGCUGUGGGCUGCAUCAUCGGGAGCAUAUGUUUACUCAUGCCAUUCCUUCAGUUCGUGGUGUGGAACAUCCACUUUCUCAAAUAUCAGGUGUACCUCAGGUUCAACUGGAAGGACGGUACUGCACCACGAUGUUAGCCUGGUCUUGGAGUCUCCUCAGAUCACACAGAAGAAUUCCAAAAGGAGGUAGCAAAGAUGUGAAUAAACCCUGAAAGCAAAACCGUGUCAAAAGCAGCAGAAUGGAGAACUAACAUAUUUUGUUUUGAUGGGACUGGCCAGGCUAUAAGUACUUUUUUUUGUUUACCUUGAUAGGUUUCCCAUUGUGCCAUCCAAUCAGAAAGGUAAUCUGUUUCCAGGGCCUUGACAAGAUCAUUGGUGAUAAAGAGAGGCCAAGGUUUAAUACUGAUGAACUGACUACAAGCUGGUGGCUCUUUUCCUGAAAGACAACAGUGACACUCAUGGAGCUGUUGUGAAGCCCAGCACCACCUUACUCUUGCUUCUCUUGCAAAAUCAGGCUUACGUUUGAUUCAAUGAAAUCCAUCAUCGAUUUGGCAGCUACCAAGAAGUUGUCUGUCGCUUGGAGAUGUUGGAAAGUUGAAACAUGAUCUGACUUUGCAGAAACAUUAUACAACCAGCUGGGGGUUCCCUCUCCACCGUGUGGGACUCAGUCACCAAGCAAUGACCUAUCACUGAAGAACUCCUUCCAGCUGCUCAGUCUCUGAUAAACAUAUUGUCAGAGCUAAACACUUGGCCUUUGGCAGACUGUGUAAGUGAAUCACACAUUGAAAUGCACUACAAUAAAUUAAGCCGGACACUGCCAAUUGAUAAACCUUCCUGGGUAGCAGCAAAUAUGUAAAGGAAUUUCCAAAUGAUCUACUGUUGUGUGCCUCUUACUUUCUGCCUACGUGCUGCUCGUUGGUAAUACCGUCUGAAAACAAGCAUCAUUUUCCAUAUGUACGCCACUAGCCCCAGCUCCACAACACCAUUACCUCUUUUGACUAUGCCAUUUCCUGUAAAUUGUCAGAAUGCUUUCUAAUAUCGAGUGAUACUUUUUCCAACUAUUGGGGAAACCAAAGCCAUUGACUUCUGUCACAUAAUAAAUUCCGUUCCCUAGCCAAUGAAUCCACCCUUCUUCCUGGCAACCUAAGGCUACAAAAGGCAGUUCAUAAUAUUGGUGUUGUAUUUCACAGAAUUGUUAAAUCGCAGGCCAUUCCUCCCAUCAUGCCAACAAUGGCUUUCGGAAUUUCACACUGUCUUCCUCACGGUUUGGAAUUCUUCCAAAUUUAGUGUCAUCUGUAAAACUUUGAAAUGGUCCCUCGCACACCAAGAUCUAAAUCAUUAAUAUACAUCGGGAAAACCACAGGUCCCAGUGCCAAACCCUGGCGAACUCCACUGCAAGCCAGAGAUGGUAAGACCUGCCGAUGCUGGAGUCAGAGGUAACAAGUGUGGAGCUGGAGGGACACAGCAGGCAAGGCAGUACCUGAAGGGCAGGAAAGUUGGCGUUUUGGGUCGGGAUCCUUCUUCAGAACUCCCUUUCACUCACCCAAUUUUGUAUCCACAUUACUGCUGCCCCUUUUAUAUAUAACUUUGCUCACAGGUAUGUCACAUGUCAUUGUGUAAAAUGCCUUCACGCACAUCACAUCAACAACACUACCCUGAUUGAUCUUUCUGCUACCUCCUCAAAAAAUUGACCCCCAGGAAGAACUUCUUAUGAUAUAUUUCUACCAUUACAUGUACUGCCUAUUUCUAUUUCCAUAGCAUCAGCCAACUCUACCCUGUCUUAGCUCACCUGGUUGAAGCCCUCAGGCAUGUUUUUUCUCUCUUAAUUUAGCUAUUUUAAAAACAGCUCUUUUCACCAGCUUUCAUAUUCUUACCCUUUAAUAAACCUGAGGACAUCUAAUCUGCUCACUUGCGUUAAGCCCUGUGCAUUUAGAAUCCCUGUGUCUGCUGAACUAACUCGGCAGUUCGAGAAACAAAACCUCAGUUUUAAGUUCUUUAUUGCUUUCAAUAAGGAAUGGCACGGUGGCUCAGUGAUUAGCUCUGCUGCUUCACACCACCAGGGAUAAUGGGAACUGCAGAUGCUGGAGAAUCUGAGAUAAUGAAGUGUGGAGCUGGAUGAACACAGCAGGCCAAGCAGCAUCUUAGGAGCACAAAAGCUGAUGUUUCAGGCCUAGACCCUUCAUCAGGCCGAAACGUCAGCUUUUGUGUUCUAAGAUGCUGCUUGGCCUGCUGGGUUCAUCCAUCUCCACACCUUGUUAUCUCACACCACCAGUGACCUGGGUUUGAUCCAGCCUCAGGUGACUUUCUGUAUGAAGUUUGCAUGUUCUUCCUAUGUCUGCAUGGGUUUCCUCUGGGUGCUCAGGUUUCCUUCCAGAGUUCAAAGAUAUGCUGGUUAGGUGGAUUGGCCAUGAUUAGUUGUCCCAUGGUGUUUAAGCUAGGUGAAAUAGCCAUGGGAAAUGCGGGGGUUACAGAGAUAGGGAAGAUGGUUGAGUCUGGGUGAGAUAUGGCCCGCUUCCACACCCUAGCAGUUCCAUGAUUCAAAUCCCCCAUGUUCAUCCCUGUCUCUGACAACCAUCCAAAAUCACUGAAUUCCUUAAAGUUUAGGUCUUUUUAAGUUUCUCUGAUUUUAAUUACACCAUUAUUGUCUUUAACCACAUGGGCUCGAAACUUUGGGAUUCCUUCCCCAAACCUCUCGGCUCUCCUGCCUCUUUCCUCCUUUAGGAUACUCCUUUUGACCUAUCUCUUCCGGUCAUGUGCCCUACCAACUCGUCUUCAUGGCUUGGGGAUUCAUUCCGUUUGUCAACGUUCAAUUGAAGCUCAAGGGACAUUACAUUAAUGCUGCUGGCAAGGAAAAGAAUUUUGAAAAAGGAAAGAAAAUUUCAGAUGUUCCUUUUAAUAUUGUUUAAACUGUUACAUCUAGCUCAAGCACCUAGAAAGGACAUGCUGCCCUAUAUACAUGUUUAUCCAAAUACUCUGUAAGACAUAAAGUGUACAAAAUAUAGGAGCCAUUAACAGAGCAGUUCAUGAUCAUGAACUAAGUGCAAUGACAUUUAACUGGGAACUUCUCUCACUGACUUGAAAUUGAAAUGAAUGGAAUAUUUAGGAAACAGACUUGAAAGUAACAACUAGUUGUCCAGUUGAGUGGAGAAGGGGAUAAGCUUCCCAAAUAAUAUGCAUUUGCAUCGUACCUGUCCAGGUAGGACAACAUUUAUAUACAUAACUGGUUCAAAUAGCUUUCAUUGCAUAUGAUAUCAUGUAUCAACACACAAUCAUGU